AUGUGGCUGGCGGGCAACGGGAGCUUGUGCUACCACAGCCUCAAGGCGGACAAGCAGCUGAUUCUGAUCGACGGUCACCAUCUGGCCACCGCAGAAGUGUCGCUUUUUAGCGGGGGGGCCUACGAUCCUGCCAUCGAAAUCAAGGUCGCAGCGGACCAGGACGCGCACGAGCACGAGGACCUUUUCUUCGGGUGCGCGUCCCAGGGAGACUACGAGGCUUGGAUAAGGGCCUUCGAGUCGGCACGGUACAUGGCGGUGAAGACCAUGAAUUUGGGCCACACCAUGGCGGGGGAGCUGCACAAGUUCCGCCUGGCCGUCAAGAACAGGCGGAUCAAGGUGAACGAGAAGGACAGCGGCGACCACGUGCCAGUGUUCAAGUCGAAGCUGUGGAAACUCAAGGCCGACACUGACAAGGCGAAAGAGCAGAAUUGGUUCGAGCGGGAAAUGUGGAUAUCACAGAACGGCACGUUGGUGUAUUUCAGCUUGAAAGAGGAUAGACAGGGAGCUCGUCUACUACACCCAUGA